AUGAAUCAAAUCAAUAAACUGUCCCAUAACACCAAGUUAAGAAACACCAUUUAUUCUGAAGCUGGAAUUGGGAUCUUAGGCAACUGCUUCCUUCUUCUCUUCCAUAUCCUCAGGCUCAUCCGUGGGCAGAAGCCCAGACUCACUGACCUUCCCAUUGCGGUCCUGGCCCUCAUCCACCUGCUGAUGCUGAUAGUCAUGAGUUUAGUAGCUACAGACAUUUUAAUGCCUUGGAGGAGGUGGAGUGAUACCACAUGCAAAGUUAUUAUAUCCUUGUACAGGUUUUUUAGGAGCCUCUCUCUCUGUGCCUCUAGCCUGCUCAGCAUCCUCCAGGCCAUCACCCUCAGUCCCAGAACCUCCUGUCUAGCAAAGUUCAAAUGUCAAUCUGCACACUACAUGCUAGGUUGUCUUCUUUUCCUCAGUGCCCUCUCUGCGUCCAUUAGCAGUCACCUCGUGUCAUACGUGACUGCGACCCCUAAUUCAACCUCCUCUAGUCUUAUAUACCUUACUGAAUCUUGCUCUCUUACACUCAUGAGUUACUCUGUCCGGCAUACGUUUUAUAUAUUAUUAACUGUCAGAGAUGUCAUCUUUGUAGGUCUCUUGGCCCUCUCCAGUGGGUACAUGGUGAUUUUCCUAUGCAGACAUAAGAAGCAGUCCCAGCAUCUCCACAGCACCAGCCUUUCCCUUAAAUCAUCCCCAGAACAAAGAGCCACACGGACCAUUUUGUACCUCAUGAGUUUCUUUGUUGUCAUGUACACUGUGGACAGCUGCAUGGCCUACUUAAGAAUAAAUGGUGAUCCUAUGUUAUAUUGUAUAUCCAUUCUCAUAGGUCACAGCUAUGCCACAGCCAGUCCUUUAUUGGUUCUCAGUGCUGAAAAAAGUAUAAUUAACAUUUUCAAAUCCAUGUAUGGGAGGGCAGUAAACAUGUUAUUGCUCAAGAAUGGGUAA